UUAUCUUUUAUUUCUAAAUAUUUCCCCGUUGGUAAACUUGAUUGUUAUGUGUUUUUUCACUUUAAAAUAUUUUAAAAGUAUUCCUGGUUUUGAAUCGCUGUUCACUGUUUUGUGUGCUUGCAUUAUUUUUUAUGCGUGAGCGCGUACUUGUACACUUUAAAGUUUAAACUAAGCUAAUAUCGCCUCUCAAGUAUCUCUUUAUUUUGUUUGUCUGUUUAUUUUUUGUGUUGUUUUGAUUGUGUAUGACAACCGAACGAAAAUAAAAUGAUCGAUUGAUCUCUUUAAAAUAUGAACAGGUAACGGAUUUCAGUGUGAGCCGCAUAGGCCAUCCGAGACUUUUAUUUUAAAACAUUCUCGGUGAGAUCAUUCAUAGGGACGAAUAUACCGAAAAAUCGUCCUUAGUGUGGCCUAUACAGUACCGGUACCACAGAUCUACUCAUUCUACUGUAGAUAGGCUGAUUGAUGACUGUACAGCACCAUACUGCAGUACUGCCAUACCUCAACUUUGCGCUCCUUAAAAUCUCCCGUGCCUUAUUAUAACAUGGAAUCAUUGCUGCGACAGGUCCAUCUAUAGGCUCAUCGUUCGUUAUCUGUCCGAUACCGAUACACAACAUCGCUGUGGAUACCACACAGGCAGGGAGUAGCCUAGUUUGAUGGAACAUCAAACAUUACAAUGAAUGAAAUAACAAAGUGGGAUAUAUUUUUCUUCAUUCCAAACUUAAUUGGUUACUUGCGAUUAUUACUCAUUGGAGUGUCUUGGUACUACAUUGAAUAUUCAUCAUUCUUCAUUCCGGUUUAUAUGAUCAAUGUGAUAUUAGAUGGUAUUGAUGGUUGGGCUGCUCGAAAAUUCAAUCAGAUAUCAGACUUUGGUGCUGUUCUUGAUGUCAUUGUGGAUCUUAUUGGUAGAGGGAUGGUUUGGUGCUAUAUUUCCAAGUUUGGGUAUGCUGUCAUUGCUUUUGAAUGGAUCGUAUUCAUUGGAAAUACAGAACGAGCAAGUGGAAAACAGUGGAAAAGUUCUUUUGAAAAAGUGCCAAACUUUGUGUCCUUGGUUAUGAACAAAGGCUUCAAGACACCCCUUGGUGCUGUUGCAAUAAUAGGCUUACAUAUACUACCACCUUGGCUGUAUAUGUUGAAGAUGAAUGUUUUAAGUGUUUCCAUUAUGAGAAAUCUCCAUUUUAUAACAAUUUUGCUUGUGAUGGCAAGAAUGGUAUGUGCUGUUGUAGAACUAUGGUGUUUUUAUAAGUAUAUGCAGUUUUUGUUGCACAAAUCUCCUCACAAUCAUUCAAAUAGAACACAGUAAAAUGCAUCGAUACAAUUUAUCAUAGUAAAUUUUCAAAUUUUGAUACCUGAUUUUAAUAUAUAUAUGAAAAUGCUACUAGUUUGCUACCAUGACUAAUUUUAAUUAGUCUUUUUUUCCACUACGAUUUAUCUACUAUGAUUUGUCCUGCAUAUUAGCAGCCUGCAACUGUCAGUGGUAUGAUUAUCGCACAGCUUAAUUUACCUUAAAUAUUUUCAUUCCAUUGCAACAUUAUCCGAUGAAUUCUCAUAUUUCACAUUUUUCUAAGAAGUUCAUGCAGGUGCAACUUUAUUGUUUUUUUUAAUAACAGAUGCUACUUGCCACAGUGAUUGAUUUUAAUUUUUGAAUAUUUUUUCAUUGUAGAUAAUCUUACAAGUGCCUUAUGUUUAUCCAUGUUUCUCCCAGUGUUAUAUUUAUAUUCUUGGUACACAUCAUUCUUCAUUUUAUCUGCUUAAAGCUUCAUCAUCACCAUCAUUGUGAUUCGCUUUAUUGCCUUGAAAUAUGCUAUACAAUAUAUGAAAUUUAACAUGCAUCUUA